UCUGCCAGGGAGGGGGCUGAAGAACAAAACAAUGACACUGCUCGGAAGGAUUUAAACACACUAACACUUUUAAAGACUUUUUUAAAAACGGAAUUGCGCGGAUUUCCCUCCCGGUUCAAAGCAAACAAGUCCGCGGAAACCCGAGCUUUGGCCACCAACUGGCUGUUGUUUUUGUUGAUAUGUUGUUCCAGCUCAGUUGACAGACUGGAGGCUAGCUGCUUGUUUGGACGGCUGUGAGCUGCUGGGGUUUGCUGGCUCGCUAAUUACAGCUCUUCUUUGGGGGAAAAAAAAGUUGAAAGUGUCCGUCGAAACUAGCUAGCCGUAAGCUAAGUAUUCCUGUUUGGAUGCCAAAUCAUCUGCCGAAUUUGCCAGCGAAGCUAUUGAGGGUCAGUUUGCUAAGCUAGCCUGUUGUUAGCAUCAACAUUUGCACAUUCAUUUUUUGUUGUUGUUGUUUUUUAAUUUUCAGGGAGUUCAUUGUCUCGGUUGGUACCGGCUACCUGCACAUAUUUCUGGAUUAUUUCACCGUGUUCUGACCAACGUUAGGUAUAUUUUUAUGUAAUGUUGUCGCUGAAUGCUAACUUUACUGCACGAACAAGCUAACUGUUAAGUGUUAAGGUACAAGGCGUAACUCAAGGAGACGGCUGUUGCUACUUUAUCGUGUUAGUUGCACUAAAUCACAUUGUGUAAACCCGUUUUAAGCGUUUGAAUUUGUCUACUUGUCUAGUUGUCCCAGCCAGUGUUAUCACCAGCCCUGUUAACAUGCAGCUGUCUUAACUUUUAUCUCACAGUAUUUGCUCAUUUCAGUUCUCAGUGUUACUGCACGUCCCGAAUCUUUUCAUUGUCUGCUGUUGGAAAUAGCUUGUUGCUGUCGUAAAAGCUGCUCCAAUCAGCACCGGUCUGUAUUCAAGUUCACCUUGUAGGAAACGAUGAGUGGGCAUGGCUCAUCUUCAGAAAAGGGAGUUAAUACCAGUCUAAUAUGUCAGGAGAGUUAUUCCUGUGGUGGCUCUGAGGAGGCUGCGUUCGAGUGUGAUGAGUGCAGGAGCCUGCAGUGUGUUCGCUGUGAGCUGGAGCUCCACAGCCAGGAGCGCCUGAAGAACCACGAGAGGGUCCAGAUAGGUCCCGGGCAUGUCCCUUACUGUGACAACUGUAAAGGAGGUAAUGGGGAUGGUAGCAAACGCCUCAGGUCCGUGGUGCGCUGCCAGAACUGCAAAGUUAACUUGUGCCAAGACUGUCAGAAGCGCACCCACAGCGGAGGCAACAAGAAGAAACACCAGCUUACAUCGUACCCUCCGCCGCCUAAACCCGCUGAGGUCAAAUCUGUGCAGACGUCCGUCCAGCCCGCCGUUCAAAUAGCCGACGAGACCAAAUCUCAGAGAGCGAAGCUUCUGGAGAAGGUGUCCAGUUUUCUCCUGGUUGACGAGAAUGAGGAAAUGCAGAUCAAAGACGACGCCUCCUUCAUGAAGAGCCUCAGCUGCAACCCCGACCAGCUGCUGAAGGUGGUGUCCAUCUUCGGCAACACGGGAGAGGGCAAGUCCCACACCCUGAACCACACCUUCUUCAUGGGCCGAGAGGUGUUCAAGACUUCUCCCACGCAAGAGUCGUGCACGGUGGGCGUGUGGGCGGCGUUCGACCCCAUCCACAAAGUGGUGGUCAUCGACACCGAGGGGCUCCUGGGGAACAGCUCCAAGCAGGGCCAGAGAACCCGUCUCUUGCUCAAGGUGCUCGCCAUCUCCGACCUGAUCAUCUACCGCACCCAUGCUGACCGUCUCCACGACGACCUGUUCAAGUUCCUGGGCGACGCCUCGGACGCCUAUUUGAAGCAUUUCACCAAGGAGCUGAAGGCCACGACGGCCCGCUGCGGCCUGGACGUCCCGCUGUCCACCUUGGGCCCCGCGGUGGUCAUCUUCCAUGAAACGGUCCACACCAAGCUGCUGGGUUCAGAGAAGUCGUCUGAGUCCGUAGACCGGCUGCUGUUGGAGCGCUUCAAGAAGCUUUCCCGUUUCCCAGAGGCCUUCAGCUCUGUCCAGUACUGGGGCACGCAGACUCUCAGUCCCCCGACCGACUUCCGUGGCCUGCAGAACAAACUGGAGCAGCUGCUGGACAACAACGCCACCCGCUCCCCGCGCACCCCGGUGGUCAUCUUCAAAGCCCUGCAGGCGCUGAGCGAGCGCUUCAACGGGGAGAUUGCAGGUGAGCUGGUAGCGCACAGCUGCUUCUUUCCUGAUGAGUACUUCACCUGCUCCAGCUUGUGCCUCAGUUGUGGAUCUGGCUGUAAGAACAGCAUGAACCACUUAGGAGAAGGAGUGUGCCACGAUGCGAAGCACCGCUGUCGUUAUUCUGCUCAGUAUGAUAAUCGCAUUUACACCUGUAAGGCUUGCUACGAAGGAGGAAAGGAAGUAAUAGUUGUCCCAAAGACCUCGGCUUCCUCAGACUCUCCAUGGAUGGGCCUCGCCAAAUACGCCUGGUCUGGGUAUGUUAUUGAAUGUCCCAACUGCGGAGUGAUCUAUCGGAGCCGUCAGUACUGGUACGGGAACCAGGACCCAGUGGAUACAGUUGUGCGCACAGAAAUCCAGCAUGUUUGGCCAGGAUCGGACGGCUUCUUAAAGGACAAUAGCAAUGCUGCACAGCGGCUUCUGGAUGGAGUCAACCUAGUGGCCCAGUCUGUGUCAGAGCUCAGUGUCAAACCUGCCAAGGCCGUCACCUCUUGGCUGACAGAUCAGAUCGCCCCAGCCUACUGGAAACCCAACUCCCUCAUCUUGGUGUGCCAUAAGUGUCACGCAGUCUUCCAGGAUAACGACACCAAGCAUCACUGCCGUGCCUGUGGGGAGGGCUUCUGUGAUGGCUGCUCUUCCAAAGCUGCGCCCGUCCCUGAGAGAGGCUGGGGUCUUGCCCCUGUCAGAGUGUGUGAUGUGUGCUUUGAGCAGAGAGCUUCAUAUGCAGAAAUAAUUGAGGCGGAGCUCGAGGAGGAAGAAGGUGGAACUCUGGCCAGGAAGGUUGGAGAAGCAGUCACCAACACCUUCGGGGUCGUCGUCACUGCUAUCGACAUCCCUCUUGGCCUAGUGAAAGACGCAGCUCGUCCUGCCUACUGGGUGCCUGACCAGGACAUCCUGUCCUGCCACAACUGCCAACGUGAGUUCACUGCCAAGCUGUCCAAGCACCACUGCCGCGCCUGUGGCCAAGGAGUGUGCGACGAGUGCUCCGCGGAGCGCCGAGCGGUCCCAUCGCGUGGCUGGGACCACCCCGUGCGAGUGUGCACCAACUGCAACCAGAAACCCGGAGAACUUUAACAGGGGCGGCUUUCCUUUUCCUCAGAGCACCAGAGAGAACCACUCACUCACUCACUCAGCUCGCAGUCUGUCACUGCUCCAGUAUACCUCCGUUACUCCAAUGGUUCUGUCUUGUAUCUGUGGAGGGGAAGUUUUUAGGAAUAUGUAGGACAUUUAGCAGAUUUCAGAGUUCCUGUGGCCUUUGUAGAACAGCCAGAACAUGUGAGUUACUUGACUGAGUGCGAAAACCCUGCAUUUCCACUCUGAUUAUUCACAGAGUGAAUAUUUUGAUUCUUAUCGACACAAAUCCCUAAUUUUACGUUAAAUGAGGCUGUUGAGCUAUUUUUCUACUAUCAGAAAAUAUUGAAAAAAAAAAAAACCAAGUGUAUCAUUUAAAGAGUAAUAGUUAGUUUGAGAACGCUGGUGGGUUGGCGUGAUUAGUUCCCAGCGACUCUUAUUAUCGAGCGUUGUUUCUCUGAUGUCGUACGUGUAAUGGCAAAGAGAUAUUUUAUAUCUGUGCAGGUUCCAUUGCAUGCAUGUAUUGCAACAUUUUAGUUUUUGCACUAAGCCUUUUUCAGCUGUUAUAGGCUGUCGCUUACCAUGGCCAAAAGCCAGAUAUCCAGACGAGGAAGUGUCCCGAACUGGGUUGAUACCUGCCGCAGUGGGUUCUAGAUUGAGGAUAUCUGGUGUGCCAAAAAAAAUCAUUCAGGUCACUGUGUCCGUGCUGGUAUAAUGUUUAUAUUUUAUCAUGUAAUUUGUGGUUGUAUGAAGACAUAUGUUAGAGGAGUGUGCAUCUGAAAUGUUGAAAAUUAUUUAUGUAUUAACGCUAAAAACAAGAAGAAGAAAAAACCUGCUUAUUAGCACUCUGGCAUGCAUGACAGUCUUGAGAGAUCCAUGGCCUUCUACGUGUUCAGAGGACGAUCUCUGAAACCUCACCAUCCUCGAGCGGCAUUUUAGUGUAUCCAUGUUACAAAAUGUUCAGAUUUGUUUUCUCGACACUUUGAUUUUUAAUUGUUAUCUAAGCAUUUGAUUGGUUUUGUGGAUAUUCAGAACUUGAGGAAUAUCCGAUUAUGUCUUCAGACUAGUUUGACGUGUUACGUUCACGCCUCCGGGUCUCCUGUAGGCUCGGUCCGACAGCACAAGGACGCCUGACAAAGCUCGAUUUUGUGUCGAGCUCAUCACUAGCUUGUUUUUUUCUGUUCAAUCUAUUGUGUAUUUUUCUUUUUGCUGGGUUUUGUUUGACACUAGUUACUGUAUGGAUAUUUAUAUAGUUUGUAGUAGCAGUACCACCCUCUCUCGCUGCCAUCUUGUUUUUUUUGUUGUUGUCUUUUUCAGCAUUACACACACACAAAUGCUCAAACGUGGCAAUGACGAGAACCGUAUUUAGUGACUGAGAGCUUUAACUUGUCUUGCUUCUUUACUAGUUUUGUGUUUCCAGACCAUUACAUGUGGAUAUCAUGCAAAGCACAAGGUGAUGCCUUUUAGACAUAUGCUUGUAUUUUAUUGAAAAUAACAAUAAGAAAAAGAAAAAGGGGGGUCUUUGUCGAUUGUAAGCUUUGUAGAUAAAGUUAAUUCUCCCUUUUUUUUUUGCUCCUAACGUGGAACUUUUUGGUUCUGAUGAGAAGAUGUUGUGUCUGCCUUGUCUCAAAAUAGAUUUAUCUGUCUGAAUGCUUCAUCACACACACACCCUCCUCCUCCUCCUCUGAGAUGCUAAUAUUGCACAGGAUAGAAUAGGAAACACAUCCUGUCAGAUUACUGGAGUUCAUUCCCAUGCAAGUCUGUUUCUGCAAAUAUCCUUUUGGGGUGUUUUUUUUUUUCUUUCUUUUCUCCGAGACACAUUUCGUCCAGUUUGGGUCGGGUGCUAUUAUCAAACACUCCUCACCUACAAACCUACAAAUCGAGCAGGAGUGAGUGACUUUUAAACUGUUGGAAACUAACUUGAAGAAAUGAUGUGUGAACACUUGCUAAACUGGUGGAAGAUUUGCAUAAGAUUAAAGUCGUAUCAGCUCCCGUCUGUCAAAACAUAAUCUGGAACUGCCUCCAUGUCUUUAGUGUGUGUGCCUCUGUGUGUGUGUGUGUGUGUGUGUGUGUUUGUUUGUGUGUUUUAAAUCUCCCUGUGUCAAACCACUUACUGUACUGUAUGUGGGAGGAAUAGAUCGUGUGCACGCCUGUGUGUGUUCUCUCAGCCUCGCUUCCACUCCUCUCCAGCACUGCUGCAGCCUUCAGAUAGAGUGAGAGGGGGGGGAAAGAAAAAAAAAAUAAAAAAAAUUAUUUGCUUGGUGCUUAUUGAUGAUGAUAAAUGAUUUAUAAUUAUUUUAAUAAAUAAUUAAACACAA